UUUUCCGAGGGUCCAGGAGAAAGAAUCAUAGUAAUGGAAUUCGGAGGAAUGCUGAGCCUCGAUUUCUACCUCCAUCAGAAUCCCGACGGUGGGGCGCUUCUCGACUGGAGCCGCCGCCUGCGGAUCGCCGCGGGCGCCGCCCGAGGACUAGAGUACCUCCACAAAGUGGCGUCUCCGCCCGUGAUUCACGGCUGCGUGAAGCCGUCAAACAUACUAGUGGACGUAAAAUUCUGCGCAAGGCUAUGCGACUACGGGCUGCAUUUCCUUGCGUCGCAAGAAAGGCAAGGGCUCGCGGGGUACGUGGACGAAGAGUAUUGGUUGAACAAAAGUGGCGCUUCGAAAGAGUGUGACGUGUUUGGAUUAGGUGUGGUUUUGUUGGAAUUGUUAAGUGGGAGAAGAAGUGAUUAUUAUCAAGAAAAUGUUAUAAAUAUUGUCCAAUGGGCAUUGCCUUUGAUUAAAGGGCUUAAAUUUAGUGAACUAUUUGACACUAGGCUUGCAAUUCCAUUCAAUAUUGAGCCACUUGUUAGAUUGGCUAGGGUUGCUUUGGCUUGUGUUGGGAAUUCUAGGCCUAAUCGUCCUUGUAUUGCACAAGUGGCUACUAUUUUGACCAAUUUAGAAAUGGAUUUAUAUUAAUUAUUUUAUUGCUUAUUUAUUCGGGUUUUUUUUCUUCAUG